UGCAGUUGCUCUUGAGUGCUGGGGCUUUGUCAGUGUUGACAGAGGGGCAGCAUGAGACACUUCUCUGCUCGGGACAUGCAAGCAUGGGGAUAUUUGGAGGAAAAGUCAGUUUGACAGCUCACUCACUGAGAAGAGACAUGUGGAGGACUCUAACACUUUCAUUUAUAGUUGUGCUGGUGCUGGAAACAGAGGUGUCCCAGUGUGAGGAUGUUGGGUCUGUGGCAGCUGAUGAAACAGGGGGGCCAGUACAGCAGGAGAAUAUCAGCGACAUAUCCACUGUACUAGGACCGUCCCGAUACCAGAUCCUGGCUGCUCAGUAUGAGUGUUACCUGAAGAUCAUCCAUGAUCCACCACCUUCUGAAAAAGGUACUUACUGUAACCGUACGUGGGACGGCUGGCUGUGCUGGGGGGAUUCAACUCCUGGGACCGCAAUGCAGAUGUGUCCUGAAUACUUUCAUGAUUUUGACCCAGCUGAGGAAGUUUCCAAAGUGUGUCAUCCUGACGGCCAGUGGUUCCAUCAUCCAGUGAGCAACCGAGUCUGGAGUAACUACACUCAGUGUCAGGCCUACACCAAAGACAAAUUCAAGUUUGCCAUCAGUCUCUACUACCUGGCCAUGGUGGGUCAUGGUUUGUCCAUUGUCUCGCUGAUUAUAUGUCUGAUCAUCUUCUCCUACUUCAAGAGUCUCAGCUGCCAGAGAAUCUCCCUCCACAAGAACAUGUUUCUCUCCUUCAUCUUGAACUCCAUUGUCACCAUAAUGUUGCUCUCACGCACGGCAGCCAAUGACCAAACCAUGAAUACCAGCGACUCCGUGAGCUGUAAGGUCCUGGCUGUGCUCACUCAGUAUGCAUCUACUUCCAACUACUUCUGGAUGCUGUGUCAGGGCAUCUACCUCCACACACUCAUCAUCGUGGCCGUGUUUGUUGGGGAACAGCAGCUCUUCUGGUACUAUGUGCUGGGAUGGGUUUUUCCCAUCGUUCCUGCAGCAACAUAUGCCGUAGCUCGCGGACUCUACUAUAACGACAAGUGUUGGAUCAGCUCACACACUCCGUUGCUCUACAUCAUCCAUGGGCCCAUUCAAGUUGCACUGUUUGUGAACUUUUUAUUUCUCCUGAACAUCGUCCGAGUUCUGAUCACCAAGCUGAAGGGGACCCACUGUGCUGAGUCCACGGCCUACAUGAAGGCAGUUCGAGCCACCCUCAUCCUCAUCCCUCUGCUGGGAGUCCAGUUCAUCCUUUUACCCUGGAGGCCAGGGGGACGCAUUAGCCGCGCCAUCUAUGAUUUCUUUGUAAAUAUCUUCAGCCACUUCCAGGGACUCCUGGUGGCGAUUAUAUUCUGUUUCUGCAAUAAUGAGGCCCAGGCAGCACUGAAGAGGAAGUGGGCUCAGCGGAGGUUUGCCUGGGGCAAAACUGGCUGGGGAGAAACACCCAUCGCCAACAACCACUUUAACUCCCAAACCAACUCCUCUAUAACUGAGACGAGCCGCGCCACCAUCAGCAUGGAGCAGCCUUCUGCUUCGACUUCUGACCAAAAUGAAUGCGGCCUCUCCCUGUCCAAGGUGCAGCAGAGAGCCAACGGGCAGAAAAAGAACAGCAACACUUCCAACAAUGGGGAGGUGGACAUGCUCAACAACCCGGAGACCACCGACAUCUGACGGUGACAGAGAAUGACUGAGGUUGCAGGUAUAUUUUCAAAAUAAAGGUUAACUGAUUUGGAGGGUGUAGAUAAUAUCUGAAGAGCAUGUGGUGUUCACACACAAGCACAAACAUUUUUAUGGCAACUGUUUUUGGACUUGUAAGAACUGAGGAGAUUGAUUUAUAUCACGGUGUCGUAUAAUCACAGUAUAUGACUAUGUUUUGUUGCUCGAUUUAUGUAAUUAAGUUACUAUUUGUUUUAUAGUAGAAAGGAGAAAGGUGCAAAUCCCAAACCAGCAGUCUUGAUAUCACAGAUGCAGACCUGUAUGCUGUACACAGGAAAUCUGUUGCCUUAUGAAGUCUUUGAACGCUUUGCUCAUCCGCCACUCUGACCAAUGAAUGUCAUAUUCCAUUGAUGUUAUCACACAUAUACUUUUACGCACUGUUUUAGAAAAAAGAUAAUCAUCGGUUGAAGGAAACCCAGCAUCCACCUCUUAGCUGUUUUCAGAGAAGUAAAACUGCAUUCCACUGUGUUAACAAAAGCAAAAGCAACACAGAAAUAAAUAUUGUCUGCUAAAACAGGGGGAAAAAGAAAACCAAUUUAACACAUAAUUAAGAUACAUUGAACUUACAUGAACUCAAUUGGCAGAGGCUUUUGUGUGGGAUAAAACUAAGUACGAAAUCUGUUCAAUAAGACAAAGAGCAAGGAGAUCAGGACAUGGGAUGCACAGUAAGUGUGAGUAGGUGUUCGAGGUGUAAGGAGAUGAGGUACUUUUGUCAGGAGUAUUAGACAAGUUGUCAAUAGGUUCUUGAAGGUGGAGAGGGACCCUGCUGCUCUCAAAGCAUUUAAUAGCUCCUUCCACAAUCAGAGUCUGGACUGUGAGUAGGUUGCGUGCAGGAAUGGCAAUGCCAGAAGAAGAAGUGCUAUGAAUUUGAUUUGGGCAGCCAUGGCUAGCCAGUGGAGGUUAAUGACUGGUGGAGUAACAUGCCAUCUUUUAGGCAGAUUGAAGAACAGACAUGCCACUGCAUCUUGGACCAUCUGUUAUUGUUUCACUGUGCGUGAAGGCAGACCCACUAGAAGGGCGUUGUAGUAGUCAGUAGUUGAGGUAAGGGAUAGCCAUGGUCUCAACCAAGAGUCAGGUAGGGCCUGCCCUGAUUUAUUUGAUGUUGUUGUACAGUGGAAAGUGGCAUGACCAGGAAACAGAUGCAACAUGAUCAGAAGAGGAUAACUGGUCAUCAAUCAUGGCACUCAGGUUCCUCAUAACAUUGGUUGAGGUCAAAGAUUAAUUUUGAUAACUAUAUUAUCCUAGAGAGAUUUAGUUGAAGCUGGUGUUUCUUUAUCCAUGUAGAUAUGUCUGAGAGUAACCAGCCUUGUGAGCAAAUCACUGGACCCAAGGAACUGGAGUGUAAUGUGGAGAGAGGGGGCCCAGCACAGGGCCUUGGGGCACCCCACAUUUUUCCUUGCCAUGACUCUGAAAAAAACAUGCGGUGAAGUUUGAUUCAAACAAAGAAUGCAAUUUUUCCCUGGAUGCAAUUAUCAGAGAAUACGGAUGGCAGGAUGUGGUGGUUUGCCUUGUCAAAGGCUGCUAAGAACUGAGGACUGAACCGCAGCUGUAGCUGCCCUUAGGACUUCUGUCACAGAAAACAGAACUCUUUCACUGGUGCAGUCGCUCUUAGAGAAUGAUGGAUUCGGAUUGAGAGGAGUAAGAGUAAUUCUCAGAUCUGUUGGAAAACCACACUUUCAAUAGCCUAAUAGAUAAUAAUUAAGCAACAAGGCGGACAGAUAGUUCUCAACCUGAGCGGGGUCAAGGCUUUUAGAGCAGAGGUGUUACUAAAGCCUGUAAACAUACAGCCAGUCAAGCAUUUAUCAUAUGUGGGAUUGCUGGUACCAUGGUAGGAGUAAUGGCUUAGAGGAGGUUGGUAGGAAUGGAUUCAAGCAGACAUGUGUAGGAUGACUAAGUGUCUUCUGUGUUGAUACUGUGUUUUCAGUAAGUAGUGAAUGAAGGAAAUGAUCAGCUAUGUUUAUCUUGCAGGUGCUCUGCCCUCAGAGAAUUGACUACUGAUUGCAACCAUCUUUUCAGCAAAGAAACAGGCAAAGGUAUCAAUUGAGUAAUUAUUAAGUUAGAUAAAAUCAGGCGAUUCAGUGAGCUGCAUACAACUAAAUUAGACAUCAGCAUUGAAGAUUGAGAGAAGAAAGUACCCAGCGGAACUCUGCAGCUAAAGUUAAGUAGAGCAGCAGUCAUUCAUAGGAAAACAGAUAGGGUGUAGGUAUGGGCUGUAAAUAAUAACAAAUAAAUCAAUCAUUUAAAUUUCAAAAGUACUAUAAAUGAAUUUGUUGGGUAAAUCAAAGCUUAAAAGGUAUACAAUUAAGGCAUUAUAACAACCUCUUUUUUCUUGCAGACCGGAAAACCCGUUUUUUUAAGGCACCAACAUUGAACAGAGAUAUUCACAGAGAUAUUCACACCUCAGCUUUGAGUUGUAAAACUAGUUCUUGGCAGUCAAAUGUUAAGUUUGGACACAGAACAGAGGACAUUUUUUAUCUCCUUGUUAUCACUGAAGCAGUUCAUGAUCACUAUGUUUGCUUUGGCAGAUAUGAAUUAUGUUAUGUUGAAAGGGCUUUCAUGGUUUCUUUACACAGCUGUCAGACUUUAGCCUAAUGUAUCAAUGACAUUUUUGGAAGUAUCAAAUGUUUAUGUAAAGUAGUGUGUAGUGAAUUAUAAGCCUGGUCUGCUCCAAACCUAUUUACUUUACCUGGAACUAGAUUAUAUAGUUAGACAUUAGAGUUGUAACACUAAUUUCCAGUGUCAGUAGAGAAGUACAGAGAAAUAAUGGAGCUGUGGUGUGAAAGACACUAAACAUAGUAACAACAUAGUAUACAUAGGAGGUUCAGAAACACAGCGGUGUAUGGAAUAAUCUAUUCUGAACUGUGUUUGCACAUAUUCUUUUCAUAAAUACCCCUCUAACAUAUUUAUAGUUUCACACACUUUCAUUUUUAUUGUAAUAUAACAGUGGAUCUUAAUCUGAUAUGGAGAUUUAAUGCGAUGGAAAUGUAGAGCUACACAUAAAGAAAUACAUUUUUAAAAGGUUUGGCUGAGGAUUAUAGAGCUGUUACAGACACAAGACUGUGCCAAAUUUGUUUUUUCUUCUAUAUAACUCCACUUCGGUCAACAUUGGAAGGAGACUUUCCAAGAUUUGUCAUGUCUUUAUUGUAAUAAUGUUCCAAUUGCUUUGUGAAGUUCUAUAUUAUUUUAUAUUAAGUUGUGGCUGUUUGACUGUUUAUUUUAGUUUGUAAAAUAAAGUUUAAAAUAAAAUGCAUAAAUAAACAACAUUAUUAUUAUUGAUCAAAAAGGCUAGUUCUGCGGGUCAGUGCAGAACCAAUUUCAAUAUUCAUUGGAUUAUUAAGCAAGAGCUAGAGCACAUAUAUUUUGAUGUCCUCUAUGCACAAUCUUGUAGGAACACGAAUGCUCCAGUGUGGAUCCAACAGGGUAUUGUGAUGAUGGGGAAUAAACCGUAAUUGUGGAGAGAAAUCAGCUCAGUAGAGAAGAGAAGCAUCUGUUUAAAAAAUAAACUGGUUCUCAACACAUUCUCCACAGAAGCCCGACCCUGUACCCCUGUACACUUCUGCCCAGUAGAGAAACAGUUGUCACGGACAUGUUUGCAAAUUAAUUCAAGAAACAUUCCAAUAAAAUGUCCCCAAAAAAAACCUUUAAUUCAAGAAUUUUACUGUAUUUAACAUUGCUAUUUACGUGUGGAAAUAAAGUUGUUUGGACCGUG